GGGAGAGCAGGGGAGGGUCUGCUCCCCCAGAAGUCAUUAUGCAAUACUGGCUCCAUGUAUAUAAGGCCACAACCUCACGACAACCAGAGGAUCUCUGUGAGCCGUCCAGACUUAAGUAGCCAGAAUGCUGCGGUACGUUGUGGCCCUCUGUCUUCUGGCUUUGUCCUGGGCACAGGACUGCCAGGUAUCUAACAUCCAAGUCAUGGCAAACUUUGACAGGACAAGGUAUGCAGGGACAUGGUAUGCUGUAGCAAAGAAGGACCCAGAUGGUUUGUUCCUCAUCGACAACGUCGUGGCCAGUUUUACAAUCGAAGAGGACGGCAAAAUGACCGCCAGAGCUCAGGGCAGAGUCAUCAUCCUCAACAACUGGGAAAUGUGUGCUGAUAUGUUUGCAUCCUUCGAGGAUACAGCUGACCCAGCCAAGUUCAGGAUGAAGUACUGGGGAGCUGCAAGCUACCUGCAGACUGGAAACGAUGAACAUUGGGUGAUCGACACCGAUUACGACAACUACGCCGUCCACUACUCCUGCAGACUGGUGGACUCUGAUGGUACCUGUUUAGACAGCUAUUCUUUCAUUUUCUCUCGUCAUUCAACCGGUCUGAGGCCACAGGAUGUGGUUUUGGCCACCCAGAAGAAGAGGGACCUUUGCCUCUAUGGCAAAUACAGACGCGUUGACCACACUGGCUUCUGUACGCAAAACAGCAGCUGAUCUGUUGACUCUCGGAAAUCCUCCUUUUGAAGCACCCAUCUUUUGGACAGGGUGCCCCUCUGCUGGUCUUAAGCUGAAACCUACCAGAGAUCUCCCCCUUUCAGAAAGUCCAACAUAGCCCGUUUAUCUUUAAAAAUAUUCAAUUUAAUAUAAAAAAAUCCAAACUGUCACAUUCCCACUUCUGUGUUGUGAACAGAAAACAAACAUGACCUUUUAUCCUGGGCUGUUGUUCCUAAAUGUGCACACAAGUAAAGGUUGUUAAUUAAUCCUCCCCAAGGAAACCAGUGGAACUUACUUUGUUGUUCCAGUGAGAAAACUAAACAUAUCAGGUUGUUAAAAGGAUGCUUUGCAGCUUUUCAGGCCAAUGUGACAAAAAAUCAGUCAAGAAAAUCUGUUUUAAGUGAAGCUGAACUAUCAGCAAUUCUGCAGCUCUGGACUAUAACAACCAUGUUUACUAAAGAAACCAGGUUCACAAAUCACUGGCUUUGCUUUUACACUGAAAGACUGUAUUGUGCAGCAUAGAAGCAGGUUUUGUUCAUAAACUUUAAGACAAACAUAUUGUACGUCUUGUGCUACAUAGGCAUAGUGUUUCUGUUGUUUGAUGAUUGUAUGAUGUACACUUCUUGAUCCAGUUUUUGAAAUAAAACAUUCGUACCGUG